AGUUGUCUUUUAUCCAUUGCUGAUUGGUCCAUUUAUAGCGUCACCUCGCCGCGUGCUCUCUCUUUGCCGGUGAAAUUACAAAGUCAACAGCAUGGAUUACGGAUACAACGGAUACAGCGGUGGUGGUGGCUAUGAUGAUGGGUAUGGAGGAUAUGGAGGUGGUUAUGAUCAAGGAUAUGGUGGUGGUUACGGGGGUGGUGGUGGAUAUGGCGGCGGUUAUGGAGGUGGUGGUGGUGGUGGCCGAGGACGAGGCGGUGGAGGAAGAGGACGUGGCCGCGGAGGUGGUGGUGGCAUAGGUGGAGGUCGUGGCGAUGGAGAAUAUUGGAGGAAACCAGAAUCUAAACCAUUCAGGAAACUCUUCAUUGGUGGGCUAAGUUACGACACAACAGAAGAAAGUUUAAAAUCACAUUUUGAGACUUGGGGAGAAGUUGUCGACGUUGUAGUAAUGAAAGAUCCAAACACCAAAAGGUCACGUGGAUUUGGUUUUGUAACAUACAGUGAAUCAAAAAGUGUUGAAGACGCACAGGCAAACAGACCCCACCACAUUGAUGGCAGAGAGGUGGAGUCAAAACGUGCCAUGCCCAGACUGGAUGAUGGAACAGCAGAAUCUUCAGAGUCCACAAAGAAAUUGUUUGUUGGUGGUAUAAAAGAGGGCGACACAGAACAGGAUGUAAGGGAGAUCUUUGGCCAAGAAGGCGAAAUUGAACAAGUCAAUAUGGUCACAGACAAAGCCACAGGAAAACAAAAGCCAUUCUGUUUCAUUACGUUUGAAGAUGUAGACACCACAGACAAAUGUGUUUUAAAACACGAGUUUGUAAUAAAUAAUCACAAUGUACAAGUAAAGAAAGCAGAAGAAAAGGGAGGUGGUGGUGGACGAGGUGGUCGUGGUGGAGGAAGAGGUGGUUAUGGUGGUGGCCGCGGUAAUGGUGGAGGGUACGGUGGCGGAGACUAUUAUGGUCAAGGGUUUGGACAAGGUUAUGGUGAUCAAGGUUAUGGUGGAGGACCAAUGAGGGGGUCAGGGGGAUAUGGACAGCGUGGAGGAAGUGGACCAUAUGGUCAAGGAUAUGGUCGUGGUGGUGCACGAUGGUAGAUGUCUUGAAUCUCAUCCCAUUAUCUAGUCUCUGGCAAUAGUAGGUGAACUACAUCAAUGAUAGGCAGACUGGAAUAAAUUCUACACUCAUUGAGAGAGGGGAAGUAAGCCAGAAGUUAGGCCUUAAUGUUAGGCAGGAAUAUAGGCCCAAUUACAUGAUAGGUGAAAGCAGGAUAGGCCUAGCUUCAUGAACCCGCGAACAUCUCCCAAAAUGAUGAUGGAUUAUUGAAUUUAAGUGAAUAGUGAAGGUAGAGUAAGUUAAGAUGUGAAAAGUAAAUAGAAUGAACAAGAAACAGUUAUGUCGUGGAAUUAUCAAAGAUAGAUAUGGAUAUAACUUACAGUGAUAGAAGGUAAAACUGGAUGUAAAUGUUUAUCAGUACACUUUGAUCAUUAAUGAAUACUGUGAAAAUCAUAGCAACUUGAUUUUGAUCAUUUAUGAGUACUGUGCGAAAUUGUUCAUAGAUUUAAUGUGUUCGCUUUAAGUCUAGAACAAACAUUUAUUCCAAUGGCUUUUUUUU